UCUUACCCCUAUCCUGUAUAGCUCCAGUAGGCGGCCGCGAUCGAAGUCCGUAAUCCAAACUAGUCUCAGCCAUCUUUCAAAGCCGUCUCGUUUGAUCGUCUGCAGCGAUCUCUUUUCACUUAAUCAUCUACUCGUCUCACGGACAUGGCGAAGCUGGCGGAGAGCACCGGCGGCCGUUCCCGGUGGUCCCUCGUCGGAGCCACCGCUCUCAUCACCGGCGGCACCCGCGGAAUCGGCCAUGCAAUCGUGGAGGAUUUGGCCGAGCUAGGGGCGUCCGUGCACACCUGUUCGCGCAACGAUGCCGAACUCAACAAAUGUUUGCAAGAGUGGGCCGCCAAGGGCUUCACUGUAACCGGUUCGGUGUGCGACGCCUCGUCUCGCUCCCAACGGGAGCAGCUUUUGGAAACAGUAUCGUCUGUCUUCAAUGGCAAGCUCAACAUCCUUAUAAACAAUGUUGGCACAAACAUCAGGAAGCCAACCACUGAGUUUACUGCUGAAGAAUACACCAUGCUCAUGUCUACAAACCUUGAAUCUGCUUACCAUCUUUGCCAACUUGCAUAUCCUCUUUUAAAAGCAUCUGGCAAUGGAAGCAUUGUUUUUAUUUCCUCUGUUGCUGGUAUAGUGCACAUUGGUUCUGGAUCCAUUUAUGGUGCAACCAAAGGUGCAAUGAAUCAACUUACGAAGAAUUUGGCUUGUGAAUGGGCAAAAGAUAACAUUAGAUGCAACUGUGUUGCGCCAUGGUAUACGAAAACCUCACUUGUAGAACCUUUACUGGCUGACAAAGAUUUCGUGAAUAAGAUAAUCUCAAGAACUCCUCUGAGACGCCUUGGUGAGCCAGAGGAAGUGUCAUCCUUGGUGGCUUUUCUCUGUUUGCCGGCUUCAUCUUACAUCACUGGGCAGAUUAUUUCUGUUGAUGGAGGAAUGACUGCAUGCGGUUUCUCCAUGACUUGAACAAAUCACAAAUUAGACGGUCUCUACUCAAGAGGCGAAAUGUGUAUUCACGAUGUUACUUCCAUGGUCCUUACACGUGGUAUGUUGUCAAUAAUUCGAAUCUACAGUGGACUGCUAAAGGAGAAUGAUUCUGUUGAAAUUAUAUUAAGCUGUCAAUAAUUCGAAUCUGCAAUGACUGCUAAAGGAGAUUGAUUCUGUUGAAAUUAUAUUAAGUUAGGCUUUCAUC